AGUAAAAUCUGAUUAGAUCAAAUUGCGUCAUUUUUAUGUACAAAACAAAAAAUAAUGGACAGCAUCCGAUCACAAUUUGGAUGGAUUGCUUCAAUAUCAAAUGCGUUGUCAGGUUUUGAUUCCCAAUUUACACUUAAUUACUGAAGGGAGGAUGGAUUUUUCUGUAUUGCCUUUAUAUUGAUAAGAGAUCGCAACGGAUUUAUUUUAGCUGCAGAAAUAGGUUCAGGCGUUCUGUGUUGUGAUGAAUUUAGGGCUCGUUUUCUUUCGAAUUCGCAGAGAGUUGCCGAUUGUUGUGAAAAAAUAGGGGUUCUCUGAAUGCUUGAAUUUGAUCAUGCAAAUGGAUUCCGCUUUGCAGCAGAUUAAGAACCCUAGAUUCAUGCUUUCCCACGCUGAUUUUAGAAAUGCCGUGUGGAUUAGCUUGCUAUCGAAAAGAUGGAAGUAUGUUUGGACUUCGAUGCUUUACUUAAUUUUCAACAUAUAUUGGUUUGUGAAGCAUGAUAAUAUUAAUGAGAAUGAACUUCGAUGUUUUGGUAUUUUAUCAAUUGGGCUUUACUUAUAAGAGAUGGCUCUCUCAACUUAUAAGGAUCAAAUGUGUGUACGGAUAACACAUAAUGAAGCAGCUGAAUGAGCUCUUUCAUGUUUUAGCUGGGAAGAAGGUUCGAGAACUUUGCUUUCUUGAUGAUGAUUACACUGGACAGGUUAACAAAACAUCUCAUUGCAAGUUUUAGUAACCAAAGAAGUCUUGGUGAGAGUUCUCAUAUGAGGUGAGGUUGCUGAGAAUCUUCUUUCACGCGAUUGUAUUAAGCGCAAGAACGUUACUUAUAAGAUUGCCAAGUCAUUGAUCUUGAGUAGAUUGAUGGUUCAAGUAGUACUCAAGAAUCUAGCAAUCAUGGAUCUGUUUGCUCGUGAGAAAAUUUGGGUUGUAGACUAUAUUUCAACUCUAAGCUCAUGAUUUGUCCUCCAAACUUGCUCCUUUUCUGCUACAUUGGACGAAUGCUCUGUGGCUUCACUGUUGUGAAUACAGACUCUUUGGAUAAUGUCUCAGUCUGCCUUCUAUGUUUACCUCGUGGGUGGAUACAAAAAAUGCUUACUCUGUUCUGCAAGGUUGAUUGGGCUUGAUGAUGUGAUGCUUUGACUCUGUGCACUCUUGUUGCUAAGUACUACUCUCCUGCAUUUGAAAAAUAUGCUGGCGACUUCAGUCCUCUAGACAGUCUGAGGAGCUUGAAGGUUUGUAUGGAAUUCACGGGGGACCAUAUGGAGGGUCUAAUAAAGCUACUCCAGCUUUCUCAUAAUCUUGAAGCUCUAUGUAUCCGAUUCACUGAGCACCCCGGGAUAAUCAGUUGGGAAUCCAAGAAAAUUGACGUCCCAGGGCUGAUGAUAUUGCACAAGCUGAAAGAAAUUGAGAUUUUUACAUGGGGCAACCUGGAGAACUUGUUAGAGCUUAUCAGAUUCUUCCUUGAGAACGGAAAAUCUUUAGAGAAGAUAAACAUCACACAAAAGGAAGAAAUGCUGGAUCCGGAGUUCUACACAUUGCACAACGUUCAGUUAGCAUGUGAAUCAGUUUCUAUAUCCAUCGGUUUAGCUUCUGCUUCUGGAACAAUCAAGAUGUUUGACUAUUCGUUCUGGAAAUGUGGUUGGGGUACUGCUGGUCAAUCUAUCCAAUAUAGCCGGGUUGAAGUUUAUGGCCGUUGAUUGUGCUUUUGCUGAGAAGCAUUAUGCUGAUUUAUCUGCAAAGCCCUUCUUCAAUGGCUACUUUAAGUACAUUGUCUCUGGCCCUGUUGUUGCCAUUGUGUGGGAGGUGCAAGAAUGUCGUAGCCACCGGGAGAAAGAUCAUUUGUACCACCAGCCCUGCCACCAUCCGUGGUGAUUACGCCAUUGAUAUUGGCAGGAAUGUGAUUCAUGGCAGUGAUGCUGUGGAGAGCGGAAGGAAGGAAAUUGCUCUAUGGUUCCUGGGUUCCUGUCAAGAGAAAAGAUGCAUUGAAAUGAGGGAUAAGUGCACUAUUUGCUGCAUUUGAAGAAAUGGAGAUUUCGACUAAAAAUAUAAAAUGGACACAAACUGAGAACGAAAGAAUUAUUGAACAGGAAUCUCAUGACAGGCUAAGUAGUCUGCCCUCUGAAAUCCUAGACCACAUUCUAUCGUUUCUCAGCAUGAAUGAAGUUGUGAAAACCGGCGUGCUGUCAAGAAAAUGGAGAUACUUCUGGCAUUCAACACCAUGCUUGAACUUCGAUUUUAGAGAUUUCUGGAACCAGGAGCGCUGCUUGAAUUUGAGUUACAAUGAAUGCGUGAUAAAAUUUUGGGUAUUUGUCAAGUGCGCUAUGGUGAUCAGAUCACCUAUUUGUAGACUGCGGCUCCACUGUGAAGCCUGUGAUACCAUUCAGCUUGAUUCGCUUUUAUAUCUUUGCGCUAUGAAAGAAGUCCAAGAACUUGAUAUUUUUACUGGAUAUGGAAUCCUGCAGUGUCCAAUUCAUUGUGGUGUACCCACUCACGUUGACGCAUUUAUACAGGGCGUUAACAGUCUGGUUGAGUUGCAACCGUUGGCAAGCUUUUCAUAUCUCAAGACCCUAAAUUUGGUUGGCGUCCAGUUUGAUGAUUCUGAUAUAGCUGGGAACGUGUUCAGUGAUUGUGGUGUUCUUGAGACUUUAUCUCUGGAAUAUUGUUGUUUUGUGACGAGAAACCAUCUCAAGAUUUGUGCCAAUAAGCUUAGGACUUUCAACUUUGUAAACAAUGGCCCUUAUUGGUGGGAUUAUACGUGCAUGUUCGACGGUGAGCUGGAACUUCGUACUCCAAACCUUGUAUCUUUCUGGUAUAUAGGGCCAGUGCUACAUCUCAGUCAAUCAUCGGAUAUGCUAUUUUUGAAGAAUGCCUCCAUUGAGCUCCGAUAUCAAAAUACACCAGGGGACUUAGGUGCUAUGGUUUUAGGUAUUCGUCAUGUCCAGGAGUUAUCAGCGUCGCCAAAUUUUGUCCUGUACUACUCUCCUGCAUUUAAAAAAUAUGCUGGCGACUUCAGUACUCUCGACAGUCUGAGGUGCUUGAAGGUUAAUAUGGAAUUCACGGAGGACCAUAUGGAGGGUCUAAUAAAGCUACUCCAGCUUUCUCGUAAUCUUGAAGCUCUAUGUAUCCGAUUCACUGAGCACCCCUGGAAAAUCAGUUGGGAGUCCAGGAAAAUCGACUUCCCUAUGAUAUCGCACAAGCUGAAAGAAAUUGAGAUUUUCACGGGCGGCGACCUGAAGAACUUGAUAGAGCUUAUCAGAUUCUUCCUUGAGAAUGGAAAAUCUUUAGAGAAGAUAAACAUCACGCAAAAGGAAGAAAUGCUGGAUCCGAAAGAGUUCUACACAUUGCACAACGUUCAGGUAGCAUGUCUAUCUGUUUCAAUAUCCAUCGGUUUAGCUUCUGCUUCUGGAACAAUCAAGAUGUUUGACUUUUCGUUUUGGAAAUGUGGUUCGGGUACGGGCGGUCAAUGUAUCCAAUACGGCCGGUAAAUCGCUCUUUCUUAUCAUCAAAACAAAAACUAGGUAGCUUAAUAAGGUGAACUGAUGACAUUAUAAUUUAUAACUUGCUAAGACCAUUUCUAUCUUUUGGAUUUGC